UGGGAAAAUGCUUUUAAUGAGGAAAGCGAAGAAGAAGAAAGGCUUUUACAAGGAAAACGAAGAAGAAGACAAGGAAAGCGAACUUCCAGAAUCAGUAGACCUUCCCCAAAAAAACUUUUAUUAAAG